CUGAAUAUCUAAUAGAAGAACAAAAUAUUCCUUCCAGAUUUCCUAAGCUUGUCUCAGAAGAUGGGCAGCCAGGGGCAGCCCUUUAUCCACCUCUGUUUUGUUGGUCUUUGAAAUGGAAUCGUGUGUUGAUGGGAAGUGGGAUGGUCUGAAGUAAAAGAGGCAGAAUGACAAUGCUGAGACUGAAGCCUCCGCCUUGGGCCCUCCUUGUGGGGCUCCCAGUCUUUCUGACACAGUUAACGCCAAGUGUUUUGUCCUCAGACCCAGGCACCCCUCUCACAAAGGAAGAGUAUAAGAUCUUUUUCUUUUCCCAGAAGCCCAUGUGGAAGGCAAGCCUCGUGUGUCAGAUCCGCCAUAGCAAGGGUUGCUUUGACCAUAGCAUAAUGCAACUGGAUCAGUUUGAGAACCAUGGCCAGAUCCCAGAGGGUCCCAUCUGUACUAAUCUUCAAGAUGGCACACGUUUUGAGAACUUUUGUCAAUUUGCACAGUUUCGAUGCUUAAAUCAUAAAUACUAUGCUAAGAGGAUCCCAUGCCCUGAGCCUCCACCCGUGGAAGAGGUUGUUUUGGUCUCCUUAACUACAUUCAAUACACCUUCCAACACUCCUGCCACAUCUACGAGUGAGAUUUCUCCAUCUCCUGAGAUGCGACUUCACUCUAACAUUGAUGCCAUUUUGAAAUAUGCCUUUGCCGUCUCAGGCGAGGAGCCUGUGACCAAGAAACCAGAGAGCAAGUGGAAAACCAUCCACACCACCACCACCACCACCACCACCACCACAGAACAAAAUCAGGCAGUACCUUCAACUAUUCAGCUUGUCACAGUCAGUGCCGAAACAGUGGUCUCGGACAUCAAACCGGUUAAAGGCACUACGGGGCUCACAGACCAAAAGAUCCACCAAAGCAUCAACCGUCUAAUUGGCAAGGCAUUCUCACUGGAGCAGUCCCUGAGUGCAGACAACAUGAAAACAACCCAAAGCACAAAAACAGAUCAGGAAGAAGCUUUGGAGACCACUCCCAAGGGCAGCAUCUUAGCUCUUGACAAGAACGCAGCUCUGGUGAUUCUGUGCUAUUCAGUCCUGCAAGAUAUUUGCGUAGCCACAGCUGUUAGCAAGGCCUGGAGACAAAUGGAAUCAAAAACCUCUGGCUUUGGGGAUUCGGUAUGUGACAGCUCUGGUCGACGCCACACAGAUCUGUGCCCUGAGUGUGCCUUCUGCUCCCUGAAGAUAGAGCAGUGCCAAGGGGCUGCCGAUCUGAAACGCGUCAGCUGUGAAGAUGGCACAUUCACAGACUACAUCAAUCCUGGGAUCUUGGCCCAGCACCAGGCCAUGGUCCCCAGGGUCUCCUCAGACGAAACUGAGUUUUAUGAGAUUGAGGCAUAUGGAGGCUUGCAGACAGAGUACUGGUGUGGUCGCCUGGCUACUCAUGGCUGUGAUGACUAUCGUGUAGCUCUCUGGUUGCAAUCAGAAUAUUCCUCCUUUAAAGGAGGAGAUUUCCCGAACCUGGUAACCAGUAGUGAAAUAGCUUCCCCCUGCUCCUGGUCUGGUUGUUCCUCUCAUUUCCUACUCCCUACUAAUAUCCAUUAUUUCAUUCCUGCCAGAUCUGUGAUUCAGAAGAAGUUCAACAUCCCACUUAUUGUGCUUUCAAGAGCAACCAGUGUCAAGAAUACAGUCUCAAUAAAAAUAAGGUGUUUCGGGUUGGAUGUUUUAAAAAUGAGACCUACAAUGUGCUCACUGAAGAAGAAGGGGAAGAAGAAGUGCAGCGCUGGAAUGAGAAAUUUUCAGAUGUUGCUAAACUGUGAUUGCACAGAGAGGGAGCUUGGACAGAGAGGAAAGGGAGGGCACUGAAAAAGUUUGCAUCUAUGACUCUCAUUUUAUGGCUAUUGAAUAUUGCAUAGACUCUUCUGUUUAAGUAUUAUACCCUUUUGUCUAUUUUGCAUGGUGAUUUCACUGUGGACCCUCCAGCUGUUAAAUCUGCAUCACAAGGGUUGCACAGUUUAAAUGUGCCUUUUGAGCAAUAAUUGUCUUUACCAACAGGGCUCCUGUAGGAUGCUACAUCUUAGAAAAGCAUCCAAAAGAGGAUGGUAGUUGUAAGCAAUGCUAGUUCUCUCUCCUGUGAUCCUUAUUAUCCCUCAUUCUCAUUAGUGUAUUCAUAUAUGAACUAUUUCUGUAUUUUAUAUGCUUUGGCUUCUUAUUCAUAAAGAGCCUUUUCCUUGCA